ACUACUCAAGUCGGUUUUGUUUGUUUCAACAUAACCUGUUCUACAAGCAAAAUAUAUAUACUUGCGCAUCUUAUAAAAUACAGUUAGCCCUCACGAAUUACCAACAAAAAUACCAAAUCAGGGAAACCCUAAGUCUUCUCCAUAUCUCUAGAGAUGAUCAGGACGACGCAGAUUCUUCAACAACAGUCUAGGCGUCUUCUUGCUAAUCAUAGUAUCAACCAUUGUUUGACUCGUCGCUCCUACAAAACCCUAUCGGCUGUGAAGGCGCAUUUAGAACGAUGGUGGUCCGAACAAGGGGAUCAAGUGAAGCCGUCUUACGUCAGAGGCGUCAUCAAGAAUUUUCAUGACUUUAAUCAGUGUUCUAAAGCACUUGAGGCUUCGGAGUGGAUGUGUGAACAGAAGUUCUUUAAUAUAUUUUCGGAAGACUAUGCAGCUCGGCUUCAUCUAGUUGAGACUGUGCUUGGUUUGGAAGAAGCAGAGAAGUUCUUCGAAAGCAUCCCCGAAAACAUGAGGGAUUACUCUGUCUACGACAAUCUUUUGAGAUCUUACACUAAAUCUGAGAAAACACUAGAUAAAGCUGAGGCCACGUUUGAGAAGAUGAGAGAUCUCGGUUUCCUCUUGAAACCUUCCCCAUUCAACUCGAUGAUUAGUCUCUACCGUCACCUCAAGAAAAAAGAUAUGGUCAAGAAGCUUGAACGUGAAAUGAUGGAGAACGAUGUGAGGUUCGACAGUCACAAGGAGUUAAAUGUUUUGACUAUCUUGAGUACUUGUAAAGAUUCAAUGUAUUCUGUGUGGAAUUAUAUUAAGAAGAGAGGAAAGAUGACGGAUGAAGAAUAUCGAAGUAGGAUUAGCUAUUUAUUGAAGCUGGACGAUGUACAAGGAGCAGAGAAGUUAUAUGAAGAGUGGAAACCGGUAGGACCGAAGCUGGAUAUGAGCAUACCGAGUUUGCUGAUUUCUCGGUUUUGUGAGGAAGGGAAUGGAUCCAAGGUUGAAGAAUUAGUUGAUUCGAUAAGAAAGAAGAAAAUUGGGAUGCUAAAAGUAUGUUCGACUUUUUUGGUGGCGAAUGUUUACCUGCUUGCAAGUAUAGUUGCCAUUGCGGGCGCCAUUUUUGGUUGCAAUGUGUGGCUCCUUAAAACGUACCCCAUUUUAUGUGUGGUAUUUUGUGUGUAUCUCGUUCAAAAGCACCCCAUUAUCUUUGGUUCGCUUUGCUAUUAUUAUAUCAUCAACUAGAUGAAAUCCCAAGGCUGCUAC